CUGAGGAAGCAGACUAGAAACAUUUUACUGCAAAGAGGGCUUUCAUCUGUAUCGAAAUGACUCAUCAUUAGAAACUGCCUUAAGUAGUUGAAAGUUUGCUAAUCUCUAAAUAUUAACAGAUCAAAACAUUCAAGGCAGACAUCUGCUUCCUGAAGAAUCUGUUUCUCAAAGUCCUAAAGUAACUAAGUGGAUGCCAUUUUAGAAAUUUGAAAGAGAGGCUUGCAGUGGUGACUUGUAUAUUAAAAAAUGGAGCACAGUGACAUAAGUAAAUGUGGCUCUGAUCAACUAGAAACAAGGAUGAAUUCCAAAGAUUUCCAAAAAAUGCAGAAGGUUUUUAUGUUACCGGACCAGACUGCAUCCAUAGGUAUGAACAGACAAGAGUUUAUUGAUAAAAUGUUUGCAACAGUGGGACGAGGCAACCGAGAUGAAUAUGGUGCACUCUUUGAUAAAAUUGAUGUGAUGCAUGAUGGCUUCGUUGACUGGGAUAAACUGACAUCAUUUAUGCUACUGGAACUUUAUGAGAAAAAUGAGAGAACAAACUCUUCAGUCAUUCCACAGUGGAAAGACAUCAGGUGCCUCCCUUCUGUACAUAAAGAACAUGUUAAAAAAAUUGUCUUUUUGAAACAUUCUAAUCGUUAUUUAACCAUAAGCAAAGAUGGAUUUUUGGCAUCAUGGAGCGAGAAUUUGAAGUUGGAAAAAACCCUGCGAAUUACAACCGACUCAGUCAAGAUUAAAGACCUCUGGGUGACAAGUAUGGUACAUCUUGCAAAUGUGAACAAGAUUGCAGUUCUAUUUACUAGCAAGGAAAUUGGAUUCUAUGACCUAAACUCCAAGCAUGAGUUUUCCUGCCAAUACAGACUACAAGGCUUGGAAAAUACCCCAAUUUGUCUGGAUUAUUGGUAUAACCCAGAUGAUGGCAAUGAAGCUGUGCUUACUUUUGGAGAUGUCUGUGGACAGGUUCAGUCUAUCUGCUUUACUGCAGCUCUGAUUUCACUUUUUGAGAGACCAGCUAAUUCCACAGGAGACCAGGAGUCAACUUUAACAAUUACCUGGCAAGAAUUAUCUUGUGGACUUCACAAAUGCUGCUAUACAACAAAACACAAACUACAUGAUACGUUUUGGGUCAGACAAGUGAAAUACAUUAGCAAUCUGGAAGCUAUUGUAUCAUGUGCCACGAGUGAUGCAAAUACAGUGGUGCUGGGAUGGCAAGGAAAGAAAAAGUCACAUCUCAGAACUUCAUCACUGAACAUCAGUCAAGGAAUCAAUGCCUUUGACUAUCAUUCAGGACUUAACCUUAUUGCUACUGCAGGUGUUGAUCAUAUAGUACGGCUCUGGAAUCCUUAUGUUAUCUCCAAACCUAACGGUAUAUUAAAGGGCCAUAUGGCCAGUGUAAUUGCAGUUCAGUUCAUCAACAACCGGAAACAACUAUUUAGCUUUUCUAAAGAUAAGGUGUUAAGAAUCUGGGACAUUCAUCACCAGUUGUGCAUCCAGCGAAUUUCAGGAAUAUUCCCAAAAAGCCAUGAGUUCCAAACAAUCCUGUACUUUGAUGAAGCUCAUGGAUGCCUUUUUACCACAUUUAAUAAUCAAGUCACUUUACUUGAAAUGAAACAAGAGACAAGCAAGAGAGUAACAAGCCACGAGAAGCCAAUUACUUGUGUCCUGUAUAAUUCAGCCUUCAAGCAGGUAAUCAGUUCAGAUACAGGAUCUACAGUUACAUUCUGGAUGAUUGACACCGGACAGAAGAUUAAACAGUUUACUGGUUGCCAUGGAACAUUUGAGAUCACAGCUAUGGCUUUGGAUGUCAGCGGAACAAGACUGCUCACUGGUAGCACAGAUGGAACAGUGAAGAUAUGGGACUUCAAUGGACAUUGCCAUCACAAAUUAAAUGUAGGGAGAGACCAAGCUGCUGAAAUUUCACAGAUUCUAGUAUUAAAAAGAACAGUUGUAGUUGUUGGCUGGGAAAGGAUAAUCACAGUAUUCCGGAUGAAUACAUUCACCCAGUUCUUUGUGCAGCCAUCUGAAUGGAAAGGAGGAGUGCAGCACCAGGAUGAUAUCCUCUCUGCAGCUUUUCUAGCCCCACAAACUUUGGUUACAGGAAGUUAUGAUGGAGAUAUAGUCAUCUGGAAUAACAAUACUGAAAAUGCAUCACGAAAAAUACACUCGGAUCCAAGCAGAGCUCUCAAGUCCAAGUCAGACAGUCAUUUAGUCUGUGGUCAUGGUUCCAUGAGAAGAGGUUAUUCUUCCAAAUCUGGAAGAAACACAGCAUCUUCAAGCAAUGUGACAAAUACUGAAAAUGAAGGACAUUAUAUAAUUACAAGGCUGAUCUUCCUGGAGAAUAGAAAAAACAUGCCUUCCAAUGGAGGUGCAAAUCUUGUUUCUUGUGGAGGAGCUGGUUUUGUGAGAUUCUGGAAUGUUUUUAAGAACCACCUGCAGUCGGAAUUUGUAGCUCACAAUGAGGCCGGAACAAUAGUAAUGGCUGUCGAUGAAGCAAAUCACUACCUUAUCACAGGAGAUUUAGAUGGCUGGAUAAAUGUAUGGUAUAUAGAGGAUUACUGUCUUGAUUACAGUGACAAUGUGCUUAAGCAGCCUCCUGCUUUAGUAGUAUCUUUUCAGCCUCAUGAUGACAGCAUUUCUUAUCUUGAAACUUGUGUACAAAAUGGGCGGUUACUCAUUCUUUCUGCUUCUGCAGACUGCAGCCUUAUGGUCAGUGAUAUUUAUGGAAUACCCAUUGGAAUAUUUGGACAGGAGGAGCACUGGCAUAUUGAAGAUGUUUCAAUACUUCCAACAGAGCAUACAAACAUGCAAAAUGAAGAUAAAGGGCAGCCACUCAAAGAAGAAGAUGAAGAAGAGAAAGUAUCUACAUUACCUAGAAAAUCCCUGCUACCAUUGAUCAUACCACAACUUUUCCAUGACACUAAGGAUGAAGAAAAUUCCUUUAACAUAGUUAAUCCAUGGGAAAAUACAAUUCUAGGGAAGACAGUUAAAGAAAACAGAAGUCAAAGAAGUAAACCAUACAAACCAUUUGAUUUUGAACCAAAAGAUAACCAAAUAGGUACAUUCAGCUCACUGGACAUCGAACAAUUACAAGAUGUCUCAGAAAUGAUGAAACCAGAUUUUUUCAUAAACCCACAUAAAUACUUCGGUGAAAAAUCUGAUGAGGUUGAUUCUGGAUGCCUAGAACUUCCAUCAUUCACAGAAACGCUAAAGGCCACUUUUGAUGAAAAGAGCCUCUUUCCAAAAGACAUUCUGGAUCGUGAACAAAAGUCAAGGCAAUUAUUUGAACACCUAUUCAGUGAAGGAAAGGGGAAGGCCCACCGAAAACAAGUGAAAGUUCGGGAAAGGUUACCUCAUAUAAAUUCAUUAAUAUCACAAAAACAAGGGAGUCAGCUAAGUAUUGCUGGAGUAACUUCAGAAAUCCUAAAACAGAAUAUCAAGCAGGGAUUGCUUCGGAAACCAAAGAUGCCUCUUUCCAAGGCAUUGGAGAUGAAAGACUGAUCUGCUGUGGAAACACAUGGUGUAGCAUAAUUUGACUGAUACUUUCUCUUGCCAGGGUAACAGUUUCUUUUGUUUUCACCUGAUGUUACCCUAGAAGGAGAAAAAGGCUUUAUCCUACAAAGAAGCACUGAAUGUAUAUUAAGAUCUGUGGUCUCUAAAUAAAGGCCAUUCAGUGUUUUUCUCAUGUUGUUCACAUCCAUUGUUUUCAUAUGUGACAUGCUCAGUUCCAGAGUUUAUGGCAUAAAAUGUAGAUUGACUCUAAUAUCUAAUAAAAAGCUAUGCAUCAAAAUUAGAGGAAUAAUCAAACACAUGAUGCAGAGAGACAAAGCCCUGAGUGAGAACCAGACAACCUGUAAUUGAUUACAUGCCCUGGCACUGGAGGAGACAAAGACAUGGGAAAGAGGAGUGAUGAAGCACUGCCUGCUUCCCUCUUCUAAUGGAGGGAAAUAGGGGUACAUUCCUGGGACAUACUGAAGUCAUGAGCUCUGGUGAUGAAACCACAGCCAUGACAAGUGAAGACAAGCACGGAGGGGCAAGUCACCCUAUAGGUGGAGGCCUCUUAUAUCUACAUUGCACAUUCACUCAAGGAUGGAACCCAGCAUUUCUUGAGUCUAGUUAUGAUACACAGCAAAACUUUUGUGGCAAUGUUUGUGAUACUGUGGACAAAAUGUUUUGAUCUCUCCUCCAUCUCCUUCAGCCUUGUGAUAAAACUUUCCCAUCAGUCCAGCGGGGGCUUUCUAGUGGGUCUCUAGUGAGGGAAGGUUAAGCCAGACAAGCAGUACAGAGACUGAGGAGGGACAAUGGUCAAUAGAUGAUCCAGCUGCCAGUGGACCCAAAAAAAUAAAGAAAUCAUUUUUCAGUAUUUUGUCAAAACAUAUUUUUAUUAUUGUCAUCAUGGUAAAUCUGUAAAUAACACUUUUCUUUGAAUGCUUAGAACAAAUACGGAGAUUAAUAACCAUAAAGAAUUCUUCACCACUGUACGCCUUUUCUAUAUAAAUCUUACAUCUGCUAUUCCACUGGUUUAUAUCCUUAACAAAGUGAAAUAAAUUCUACUGUAGUACCUUAGUCACAACUGAAUACAUUAACAUGUUUUCUGGCUAGCCAACAUGAUCUCUUACAAACUACAUUAGUGAGCUUCAUUGAGUAAUAAAGGCUAUAUGACAGAAGAAGCUGAACUACACUAUUGGAUAAAUCAACAUUUCUGUAAUAUCCCCCAUAAGAGACUGGGCUCUGUUGCACAGAUAACAUCUGUGAAAGUUACCCAUUUAGUGUUUUCUGAUUUAAUAUAUGAUGCCAUUGAAAAUAAUGGCUUAUCUCUGAUCUGCCACAUAUGAUGUUAUCCGAAGUCACAGUUAAUUCUUUUAAUUGUAUUUUAAUAGAUUGUGACCAGAUAUCUCCCAAAGAGCAAGAAGUUUAUGCAAACCUUCAAGUCUAAAUUCCAAACAAUAUGCAUCAAUGUGAGUAAAACAUAUCCUUUUUUUAGUUUUCUUUUAUUAUUAUUUUUGGGACAGCUUACCACUGACUUGAGAUCCUCAACUUUCUAGCUGCAUUUAAAGGCACCCCAUUAUAUUUCUUCAGCAGGUGGGCCUCAUCCCUUGGGUAAGAAGAUUUCACUGGCCAGUCGAACUAUGAAAUUCCCCUGUAACUGGGGAGAGGAGAUGGGAAUAUCAGACUGCAUCCAAGCUAAAGUUUAUGCUUAAGCCCUACCUCCCACUGACAUGCAGGUCUGAUGUCACCUAGGUAGAUGUACCACGGUGCCAUAAGGGAAACACCCCCCCCCAUGUGAUGGUGCACCCAUCGUUCACCCACCCAACUACUGCUGCUGCAAAAGCUUCACUUUCAUGGUCUUGAUUCUGUCAACAGAGCUUGCCACAAUACCUUUUUCUAUAGAUGAGGCAAGUAGGCAAUGCUUCAUCAGUCCUCUUCCUCCUCGGUAGCACUGACAGGUUCCUGAACCAUUAACUGAACGUGAGUCACCUGACCUAUAGUCAAGGCUUUAUCCCUCUAUGCUCAAGAAGCACUCAUCUCUUCAUUUAAGCUACUCUCAUAUCCUCUGAACACAUCAAUAACUGUUUACCCGAUUUAACGUUUUCACUUAUCUUUUCAUGCAAUAUACUGUUUUUUUUUAACUAGCUGAAGACAUCACAUACACAAAGAAAACUCUUCGAGGGUUCCUAAUGCUAUCACUUAAUAUUAUUUUUGUACAUCAGUCUGACCAAUUCAUACCUUUAUUUAAGUUACUUUAAUAGUCUCUGAAUACUUAAGUCAUUGUUGUUCUGUUAUUCCCAGUGACUUAGUUCGCAUGACAUAGUGGUUCUAUUAUAGAUUCCACAUGCCAAAAGAAAACUCCUUAAUCUUGGAUUCAUUAAAACUAUUUAAUAGUUGCACCAGGGCACAUUGCAAAACUAGAACUGACACCAGCAAACAUACUAUUUAACUGCCAGCACAUACAAAUUUAUUUUUGCAGAAGGACAAGCUCCCUGCAAUCCUCAAAUAGAGAUCUGUGUCCAAACCAACAUUUCUCUAAAAACCCUGACUCAGAUUAUUCACACUUUUUGCUUGGGGAAGACGUCUUUACUCCUAAACUUCUGUGAUUUUAACAAAUAGAAGCUGCAUUAGAGACUAAACUGAUUCAACAAAUGAAAUGUAUUGUCUCACGGUGCUAACAAACCAACAUUGAUUUACAACAUGUAUUCCCUUUUUCUAAUAAAUGAACCUUGUUCUACUUCAGUCUGAUUACUGUAUAUCUUAUUUAAAUUGCAAUAAAAGUCACUGAAUGCCUUUGCAGUCUUA